AUGUUUACCUACUCGAGUGAGCAGUUCUACAGGGAUUGGCGAUACAAGGUGGUCGAGGAUUUCAAGACCGACGAUGGCGACACGUAUCCAUAUGUCGAGGGAGGACAUGUUGAAUGGGGUGCUGAAGACCACAAGCUCACAUUGCCAACCAAACCAAGCAAGGUUGCAAUCAAUACGGAUGCCUCGAUCCUUGCUGUUGCUGUAGAACAUGAUAUCCACGUCUUCAGCACCGAAGAUUAUAGAUUGACACAGGUAUUGAAAGGGCACAUCUCGAGAAUCGAUACACUCGCCUUUCAGCCGGGAAACCCAAAUAUACUGGUCUCUGCAGCGACGAAUGACCACGCAGGUUCGGUGAGAGCCGACUGUGAAAUCAUCUUCUGGAACCCAAAGCAACGACAAGCUCAGAAGGAUGCUCUUCAACUGUCAGAGAUCUGCCAGGAAGCGAGUGACAAUAUCGCUGCCUCGAUUGCGAAAGGGAGUGACUCGAUUGAGUUGGCAGAUACGGAGAUUUCAAAGUUGUCUGAGGAUAUUGAGCAAUUGGUAACCACUCUUGUUACAAGACAUAUGGUUUCGGACGAAGCUCGAAUUGCAGGACGUCUGCUCAGUCAUUUUGAUACUCACCUGUUUGACCCGUCGGGGACCCGGCUGAUGUACCUUCCCGGUAAUCGCCCUCGAUCCAAUUCUGAUGCCCGCUGGGACAUGCGUGUGUUGUCGAUGCAGACUCGUGAGGAUCUUUUCACCUUGGUGGGACAUACUGAUGCUAUCAUGUGGUCCGGGUUCAGCCCUGAUGAGACCAUGAUUGGAACUUGUUGUUGGGAUUCUACCAUGAGAAUAUGGGAUAGCCAAGAUGGUAGCCUCAAGUUUAAGUUCGAGACUGGCAAGCAAAACUGGAACGGCUCCUUCUCACCAAAUUCAAAAUUCUUCGCAGGCACUGCUGGAGACGGGACUAUUUACCUCUACUCUACUUUGGACGGCUCAACUCUGUGGUCACGUCAGUCCGAGAUCGAUUGGUGCCGACACUCAUCAUGGACGCCCGACAGUCGUUUGUUGGCCAUCGGUGGUCGGAGAACGGGAACUGUCUUGGUGAUCAAUGUCAAUGAGAACACAGUGGUCCAACGCCGGGUUUUGAGUAUUGACGCCUGUAAGGUGGACGAGGAGCGCAAGAAAAGACUGUUGAGAAGCUAUCUCGAAGUUUAUGCGGUGCGUUACGUCGAUGCUGGCAAGAAGCUCGCUGUAUACACUGGUGGAGAUGGGGGAAUCGAGGUUUAUGAUUUCGAGAAACAGCAAAAAUGGCGGUUUGCACGGUUUGGGACCGACGAGGACCUUCAUCCUUGUGAUGCGGAUGUUCAGCCAAAGGGCUCGCCCGGGUUGGACAUGAUCGCCUGGAACGACUUGAAGAAUGGUAGGAUCAAGCUGACGAGCUUGGACGAUAAUAAUGUGAGGAUUUGGAGUGUGCCGCUUGAUCAUGAGUCGAUAUAG